GUCAGCUAAUUCAACGCCUAAUCCUUUCUUUGGUGACAGGUGACGCCCGCCUUUUCCGGCCCCGUUGGGAGCCGCUCGUUCCGCAAUAUGGGAACAAUAUAUUUGUUUCGCAAAUCACAGAGGUCUCUUCUGGGCAAGUUAACACAGGAAUUUAGAACAGUAGCUGCUGAUCGAAGGUCAUGGAAGAUCUUGCUGUUUGGUGCAAUAAAUAUAGUAUGUACUGCAUUCCUGCUUAUGUGGUGUAGUUCUACAAACAGCAUAGCUUUAACUGCAUAUACCUAUCUAACAAUCUUUGAUCUUUUCAGCUUAAUAACAUGCUUAAUAAGUUAUUGGGUGAUGAUGAAGAAGCCCAGUUCCUCAUAUUCAUUUGGAUUUGAGAGAUUUGAAGUCCUAGCAGUAUUUGCUUCUACAGUUCUUGCACAACUUGGAGCACUUUUUAUACUUAAAGAAAGUGCUGAACGAUUUGUUGAACAACCAGAGAUUCAUACGGGUCGAUUGCUGGUUGGUACCUUUGUGGCACUCACUUUCAACUUGUUUACAAUGCUUUCAGUUAAGAACAAACCAUUUGCUUAUGUGUCUGAAGCUGCAAGUACAAGUUGGCUUCAGGAACAUGUUGCAGAUCUCACUAGGAGCUUGUGCGGUAUCAUUCCUGGGCUGAGUAGCAUCUUUCUUCCACGUAUGAAUCCAUUCAUCUUGAUUGAUCUUGCUGGGGCUUUAGCUCUUUGUAUUACAUACAUGUUAAUCGAAAUUAAUAAUUAUUUUGCAGUUGAUACAGCUUCUGCAGUGGCUAUUGCUUUGAUGACAUUUGGUACCAUGUAUCCUAUGAGUGUCUACAGUGGAAAGGUAUUGCUUCAGACAACACCGCCUCAUGUGAUUGGACAACUAGAUAAACUUAUACGAGAGGUUUCUACUUUGGAUGGAGUUCUAGAAGUUCGAAAUGAACACUUCUGGACAUUGGGGUUUGGUUCAUUGGCUGGUUCGGUUCAUGUGAGAAUUCGAAGAGAUGCCAAUGAACAGAUGGUACUUGCACAUGUGACAAAUCGGUUACAUGCCUUAGUAUCUAUUUUGACUGUUCAGAUUUUCAAAGAUGACUGGAUUAGGCCUACUUUGGCCACUGGACCUAUUGGGAACAAUAUGCUGAACCUUUCAGAUCAUUACAUUAUUUCAAUGCCAUCUCUAAAAGCAGCAGAAAGUUCUGACCAUGUUACAUCCACUCCAACUAAACCAAGUAGUCCACCUCCAGAAUUUGCUUUUAACACACCAGGUAAAAAUAUGAACCCUAUCAUUCUCAUGAACACUCAGACAAGGCCCUAUGGAUUGAACUUCAACCAUGGAACUGUACCUUACAACAGUGUCUUCACUCAAGGCUUUGGAUUGCCAGGAACGGGAGUAACCCAGGGAUUCAGGACUGGCUUCAUUAAUGUUCCCCAGAGAUAUGGAACUGGUACUCGAGGUCAAUUAAAACCCUAAUAAACUGUUUCUAUAUUUAUUGUUUAAAAUUACUUCAAUUAUUUUAUUGCUCAUUUUUCUACAAGACUGUUUGAUUUCUUGGUAACUAGUAUCAGAAGUUUUCAAAAUCAUGAAAACGUGCACUCGUGGAUUGACUUAAUUUUUGAUGCAGCUAUCUAUUUCUGACUGUAAAGCCAUAGCUUUAUAAAAAGUUAUUGCAAUUGCAUAUAUUGCUGGUCUUGUAAAUAAUUUCAGAACAGUAUAUGAAAGGAACUCCAGAAAAUAACGGUUUUGCAAAGUGUCUAUUAACAAAAUUAUUUUUUAAAAAGUUUGUCUUUGAUAUAAUCAUACAAUCAUUUUUAAAAGAUACUUUCUGAACAAUGGAAAAAUGAUUAUUUGGUCCAGCAAGCAUUCCUAAAAUUCAGGUUGAUAUUAAAAUGGUUAUGGGUAAUCUUGCUUAUGAAGUGCAGAGGAGAACUCAUGAAAUAUGACAGUGUAAGAAGACAACAAAGGUCAUCCAGCUACCUGUAACUGAUUAUUAAGAAUACAUUUCUCGCAUACAGAGUUACUUUUCGGGAAGAAAAUUGGCAUCAGAGAUUUUAAACAGGAACAUGUGGACGGUUAGACUUUAGGGACAAGUUUCUCCCCUCCUCCAAGAGCAUAGGCCUGAGGGGAAGAGCUGAAGUGGUCCUGGGUACAUGAAGAGCUUAAAAUUCCAGAAAAAGGCCUAUAGCUGUGGUAGAGAUAGAGAUGGAUUCUUAUGGUGGUGUUUAAUUACAGAGGAGGGAAAUGGAAUUAAGAGUAACGAUGGAGAUUCAGAGUGUGAAGCAAAGAAGGCUCUGUCUUUAUCUCCCAACAUCAAUAUAAAUUUCAGGCUGAGGAGAACUGCAGGUGGACCAAAGGAAAAUAGCAUUUGGAUUUUGAUUGACAGGAAAGGAAAUGCUGAAAAAUCCAGCUCAGAAUUGCUAAGCAAUAAAAACAACUGAUUUAGCUACUAUCCUGAAAGAAUCUACAAUAGAAUGAGUGUUGAUCUAGCAGACUGUUGUGGUAAUUUCAGUAUUCAAUAUUCAUUCUUUUUAGCCUGAUUGAAAGAUUGCUUCAUUUUAAGCCUUCUUCCCUCCUUUGCCUUGAUUUUAUGACCCAGAGCUUCUGUAGCUUGUGCUAUCCUUCCUGGUGCAUAUAUAUGCACAAACGUGUAUAGAUGAAGAAUGACCUAGAGCAAAAAUAUUUCACCUGGUUACACAAAAUAUAAUACAGGGGCUUUCUAAGCCUACUGCUAGGAAAGGAGUAAAAAAAAAAUCCAAAAUCCAUGCUUGGCAAGUUUUGCUCACCUUGUUAACACUCCUUGUGGCAGCAAAAGGUUUCACACAGGAGAUUUAGCUCAUGUUUAAUUGGGGCCCAUCUGCUUUUUCAUCAAGAAUGUCAGGUUGAAUAUGCUUUGUUCUGCUAAUAAGUAUUUGUGAGUGAUGGAGUUGUAUACUUACUACUUGCAUUGUGUGUUGUAAUUGGUUUUCCCGUCAGUGACAUCUUCCAUUUAAAUAAAUGAAGGAUACUAAUGGCUAGUUUGGGGUUAGCAAAAGUUUCCACUGUGGGAAAUCAGAAGUGACUCAUUUUUUAAAUAGCAUGCUUUGGGGGACCCCAUUGUGGAAUUGCCCUUCGUCUCUUCUUUUCCCCCAAUAAAGAAGGUAUUCCUUUAUGCUGAGAUACUCAGUGUAAGCAUGUUUACCUUCCCUGGAUAAGUUUGCCAUUCCUUUAUGAACAGAAAGUCCUUUGAAAACUGAUCUAUUUCCAUCAUGAAAUUAUGAGAUUAUAUGCAAUUUAUCUGUAACAAAUACAAAGGUAUGAAUAAACAUACAAUGGUGCUUAAAAAUUUCUGUACCCUUCUGAAUCAUCAGUAUUGCUGCAUAAAUACUACCUAAAACAUGAUCUGUCCUCCACAAAAAUCUUAAAACUGGAUAAAGAACCAAUUAAGUAAAGCCAAAAUAGUGCACUUGUUCAUUUAUGAAAAGAAUGUAAAGUUAUGGGUUUGUGUGUGGCAAGAGCAUGUAAAUGUCUAGAUUUAUCAAUUCAUUUGAAGGAGAAAUUAGAAUCUGAUUUCAAUCAAUUAGUUAAAAUCAGGAUCAAGUGUGGGAGGUCCUGCCUUAUUUAAAGAACAUAAUUCCGAGAAUUCAUCAAAGUGAUCUUUACAACACUGAUAUGUGGAACUCUGUCAGCUCAAACAAAGAAGAGCUUUUGACCUCAUAAAAACAGUUGAUGCUCAGAAUAACAUUUAAUUUCUCUCUUUCGUUGGUGAAUAUCAAUUUUCACAAGACCAACAUCAGGACAACUCUGAAAAAAUAAGCAUGGCCCGGUUGUAAGGAGAAAGCCAAGUUAUAUUUUAUGGAACAAUGUUACAUGCCUACUUAGAAAGGUAUGUUCUUUUGGAGCAACUAAUUAAACCAGAUUUGUAAAAACCUAUGUUUUUUUAUCUUGUCUAAAACAGUUCAACCAUUCUCAUAUUGUGCUGUAUAGUCUAGCUCAUUUAAAUCUACUUAUGAUGCACAGGAAUUCCUUCUGUCCAACAUUAUAUUUAAAUAUUGAUCCUAUAUGAACAGUUUCUCCUUACCUAAUAUUAUGUUAUACAGUUUUGUUACACAGCUUAUAAAAUUUAUGUGAUUUCGUCUUUUCUGUGCAUUGGCUUCAUUUUGUAUGUUUGAUUUCUGAUGUUCCCUGCCAGCUUCCCACAAGGAAAUGCAAUGGAGAAGCUGACAGGAAUUUACUUCCACUCCCACUGUUUCCCCCUCCCAUUCUGUUUCUCUGUUUAGGUAACGAAAUCUCUCCAUGUCUAGUUUAAACUAACAACCCCCUCCACUUUUAAUGACUACAAUAGGAACCAAAAGAAUAGAAUAUGAUUGUAAAGACAUGGUUUUUAGGGAUAGUUGCUUUUCGUUCAACCAUAUAUGUGCAGAAUCUACCCUAUUAAUUAUAGUGUGUUUAUACUAUCUUAUACAAUCACCUAGUAUGUCAAAAAUAUUAGGCUGCUGACAGAAUCACAUAUUGCCUAAUAGAAAAAUGUGGUUAGAUGAACAAUGCUUGUAAAAUUACAGUUUUGGAACUCAUAUAAAAUUGGCUAUUCUGUCAAAUUAACACCAGUGCAUGGUGCAGAUACGAUGUAAUCAAUUGAAAGGAUUUUCCUGCCCAAGGCGGAAUGGUUUUAUAAUGUUUCGUGUAUUAAGAUUAAUUCACCCUUUUUAUAUAAUUAGGAAAGCCAGUUUGGUGUACUGGUUAAGGCACAGGCUAGAAACCUGGGGAUUGAGUUCUAGUCCUACCAUAGGCACAAAACAAGUUGGGUAGCCUUAGGCCAGUCACUUUCUCUCAGUCCUAGAAAGGAGGUAAUGGCAACCACUUCUAAAAAACCAUAUCAAGAAAAAUGCAGCGCUUGUCUAGGUAGUUACCAAGACUAAUAUGAAGUAUAUGUUUAAACUAUUAACUGUUGAAUUAUGCUGCCAUUUUGAGCAUUGUUUUCUGAGGAUCUCCAGGGAAUGAAAUAAAUGGAGGAAUGAAUGUUUGUUCACAUCUGCACUAGAGGUAGGAGACAGGACAGUAGAACCUCUGGUCAUGACCAUAAUUUGUUCCAUAAUUUUGAUUGCAACUCAAUUUGGUCAUGACCUGAACCUAAUUUUAGAAAGUUAGCACUUACAAAAAAAAAAAUGGCAUCAGGGGCCAUGAAAAAAAUGUGAAUUUUUUUGGUCAGAAUUCGAUUUGGUCAUGGUCAGAAGCGUUCGUGACCAGAGGUUCUACUGUACUUAAAUGUAGCUUGAACAUAUGUUCAUAAUAGUGGAUUCUACUAACCCAUCUAUGAUUAACUUGCAAACUUGAAUAUUAUUAAUUUCAAUAAAGGACUAAUAGUAUGCUGAGAUCAUUCAUCAUCAAGUAAAUUGUAAUCAGUCAAUAUAUAUUUUUACAGCAUGAUUUAAUGAGAUGUGGAUUGAUGAUUUACACACCUGGUUCAGAAUUGUAGUCCAGGCAGUCACUCCAUUUUUUUAUUGGCACUCACAGCUAUAGAAGACUACAACAUUGGCACCUUAAAUCAUAUUUGGGAAUCAUUCAAACAGCAGUGCAAUAGACUAGCCACGUACAGGUGUUUGUUUUUUUUGCACUUGUGUGAAUUGGCAAGUCAAAGUUGCUCAGAUUCUCACCCUGAGAUGCUUCAUUGUUCUUUUUAACAUCACUUUUGUCAAGUUAUUAAACAUUUAUAUUAAAGAUUAAUAGAAAGAAGUUAACAUCUAAGAUAUAUAAACACUUCCCAUUCAUUGUUAAAUUAAAAAGUCAGUUAAAUUAAAAAUGAUAUUUUGAUUUUUUUUUACAUCCAGCUUCUCAUAAUAACAUUUAACUUUGACACUGCCAGGUAUUUGUUGCUUAGGAAUAAAUUUUAAAAUUUCACUAACAUUAUAAAAUCUAGAUGGACAAUCAGUUUUUGUCAUGGUCAAGGCGUAAAGUAGGAGAUCUGAUUGCUGUAUCUACAGUAAAGGCCUAUUCUUGGAAGAAUCCUAAACAGAACUAGGUGUUUAGAGCAAAAUAUCAAUUUAAGGGUAACAGUUAUCCCAAAUUGAGA